GUGUCGCACUCCUGCUGCCGGAAGUGCUGUCAGCGUGGAGGGGGCUUCCGGGCAGUGUGCAGCGGCCUGACUCCCUGAGGAGGAUCCGGCGGAGAGCGGCUAGAGAGGGUUCCCAAUGAGAGGAUCAUGUCGAUCUCACAAUUUGGGUGAUCCAUAGUAUGGCUGCUUCCCGUUCGACUCGUGUCACAAGAUCUACCGUGGGAUUAAACGGGGUCGAUGAAAACUUCUGUGGUCGCACCUUAAGAAACCGCAGCAUCGUUCCCCCCGACGAGGUGGUCCCUCCGGUGCUCUUGAGAUCCAGGUCUCCUAAGAAAAGGCCAGAACCUGUUCAGAUCCAAAAGGGAAGCCUCAACAAGGGCAGCGAACUCAAACAGACAAGCCCUCGGGAGUCUUGGGUCAGCCCAAGAAAGAGAGGCCUGUCUAUUUCGGAAAAGGACGGUUGCGACAAAGACAGUGUGGAAAACAGCGAAAAGAAAUCGUCGGGAGCUUUGUCGCCUGUGUUGAAGAAAAUUAAGCGUUACCUUCGUUCUGAGGAACCCAGCAGCCCGCAGGAGGAAUUGUCUGGUACAUUUCACAAGGCGCCCUCGGAAAGGAGGCACUCGGAAUCUGACCAUGAAACAGACACACCCCGUUCUAAACGAGCUAAUCGAUAUCUUUUACUGGAUGAUAGUAACCAAAGGGAAAUCAAAACCGAAACGGAGUCUGAGGAAACUGUAAAAAAAUCCUUACCUGAUGGGGACGCGUUUAACCAUCAGAUUGUUAACGGUAUUGACAAUAACGAGACUGCUGCUGUAAAUUGUAAUAACUGUCCUUCGGAUGGGAGUGUUAAACAGAAUAACGCUACUACGGUCACCUCCCCGAAGGAGUUGAACUUAUCAGAGAAUGGGAGUUCGCUGACUCCUUCCUCUGCGCCCCCUAACAACGAGACGGACAGUCUUUCAGACCAUAAUGUGCCUUGCACACACUCCGAGGAACAGGCAGACAAACAGGACCAUGAGUUAAAUAACUGCCUACCUAUCGAUCACGUCAAUCAGACCAAUGAAUCGACAGGCGUUUCCUGCGCGGAAGCCCUACUGAGCGUACGUGACUCUGAGGAGGAACUUGACGUUGUAGGUGAUGGCAAUUCCAAGGAACAAGCUGCUCAAUCCCCAAACCCCAGUCGGGACAAGCCUGAAUGUGGCGGGGAUUUCCCCAUGUCUGAGGCGGCAGAGGGACCCUCGCUUGAGCUGUGCUUUUCCGACACCCAAGAACAUAGAUAUACCUUAAGAACUUCACCAAGGAAGCUCGUAUCUGUCAAAGACAGCUCAUCCAAAAAUGCCUCUCCUUGUGGGGAGAACGGACAGGCCGAUGAGAGUUCCAGCGAGGGCAGUAGAUUUUCCUCUGCCGUUAACGGAACCUUAACGACCGCCGAAGAGGCGGCUUCUUCCAGCGAUAAAAAGCAGACGUGUUCUUCUGAAAAGUAUUCGCAGGAUAAGCCGGCUGCCUGCCCCUCCUCCAGCACGGAGUGUACGGCGCUCCCCGCCAAAGAGAGCGGCGGCGGCAUGCAACCUGCAGAGGAGGAAGAGGACGAGCCCGACGUGUACUUCUUCGAGUCCGAUCACGUGGCUUUGAAACACAACAAAGAUUAUCAGAGGCUUUUACAAACUAUCUCAGUGCUGGAGUCUCAGCGAUCACAAGCCGUGUUAGACAUUGAGAAGUUAACUCAUCACCAGAAGGACGCGCUGGUCGAUCCUAUUGGAUUUGUGGAGACUCUUCAAAAGAAGAUGGAUAUUGGCAUUCCUCGCACUCAGAGGAUUGUUCAGUUACCAGAAAUUUCUUGGGACCAGUAUACUUCAGCUCUUGGAAACUUCGAAAGAGAGUUCAGAAACAGGAAACGGAAUUCAAGAAGAGUGAAGCUCAUUUUUGAUAAAGCUGGGCUACACGCCAAUUCUCAGAGAACAGGAGAAAACGAUGGAGAGCCUUCCUGUUAUUCUGUCCUGCCCCAGAGUGAUGGUCAGGAAAGCUCUGCGAUUAAUAUGCCCCAGGUAAGAGGCCGACUCUGUAUGGACUCCAAGCCGGGGACCUUCAAUCAGUUGUGGUCAGUGGAAGAACAGAAAAGACUGGAGCAACUUCUUCUGAAGUUCCCCCCGGAAGAGGUGGAGUCCAAGCGGUGGCAAAAGAUCGCUGAGGAGUUGGGAAACAGGACGGCCAAACAGGUGGCCAGUCGAGUGCAGAAGUACUUUAUAAAACUGACCAAAGCUGGCAUCCCAGUGCCAGGGAGAACUCCAAACCUAUACAUGUAUUCUAAAAAGCUUCCCAAUAAGCGACAGCAUAUCCUCAACAAACACCUCUUUAAACCCUCCACCUUCAUGACAUCCCACGAGCCUCCUGUGUUCAUGGAAGAGGAUGACGACCACUCCAGCUUCCACAGCCGGGACCUCGACGCAGCUGCUGAUGAAGACGAUGAUGUCUCGGAUGAGGAGUCCAUUCCCACUGCUUAUUAUGGCCUACCAGAGUAUAAAGAGCUACUUGAACUGAAGAAAAUGAAGAAGCAAAGACUCCAAGAGAUGGAGGCUGACAGUGGUUUUGUGCAGCAUGUUGGCUUCAAAUGUGAUAACUGCAGGACAGAACCUAUCCAGGGUAUCCGGUGGCAUUGCCAGGACUGUCCUCCUCAAAUGUCUGUGGACUUUUGUGACUCAUGCUCAGACUGUUUGCACGAAACAGAAACCCACAAGGAGGAUCACCACCUGGAGCCUGUGUACAGGGCAGAGACAUUCCUAGAUCGAGAUUACUGCAUGCCACGCGGCACCAGUUACAAUUACCUGGACCCAAACUAUUUCCCAGCAAACAGAUGACGUGACCCAGCCAAUGCGCCGGCUGAGAAAUCUUUUGCAGUCACCAGGGGGCAGUAGAGAGCGGACCAUGCACUUGUCAGCAGACCCCGGCCUCCUCCCGAGACUCUGCUCACAGCAUGACACCUACCUGGACAGCUCCACCAGACUCCACUUCGCAUCUACAGCAGUCCAACAUUCCACAGGCGUUCGGGACAAACCUCCCUGGGAGCCUUGUCCGCUACAGGCCGUCAGUCCUGGGACUACUGAUCAUUUCCACCAACUCACAACGCACGUUACAGCAACUCCUCAUUUUCCAAAGGCUUCCGACGAAAACAAUAAUCGGUCAAAAAAGAAAUGUGAACUAUUUAUAUUAAAAUUGGUUUACUAGCUUGCAGUUUUGUGAAAUAUUAUUUUUCUCCUUUUUUGCACAGAAACUGACGUUUUCAGAAGGUUUUAACCAAUCACAGUGUUUGUUUAGAAGAAGCUACUGUUUAAAAGACAAUGUGGAGGGGGGGAGGGGGAGAUGACUUGCCCACCUAAUGGAUUAAUUCUGUUUUCUGUUAGACUUUGAGCUGCUUUUAAAGACAAACUACAAUCAAGCACUACAGAUUCAGGUUUCUGUGGCGGCUUCUCCAACCAGCUCGUGGGGGGGUGUGAGCGCGUGUGAAUGUCGAAAUUUUGAGAUCUAUUUUUUAAAUGUAAUGUUCUGAUGAUCAUGUGACGUGUACACAAAAUGGUGAUACAGUGCCACUCGUAGUAAUUGUGUCAAGUCUAACACUUUAAACUUUUCUUAGGUCCUCCCUUCAGGAAAAAAAACUAAAGAUUUAAAGGGUUAGUCCCUCCAGAACUGGGAUUUUGAGUCAUCUGCUGGCUUGGCCUUCUGUACGUCUCUGGCCUGCUUUCCUCCCUUUACAAUUGCUGCUGCAUUCUUAUAGAAUCCUGCAGGGAAAGUGAGUUGCCUGGUGGACAGAGCUAGGAACUCCAAUGGAGGAAACCACACACAGCCUGUGAUUGGAGAGGCUUUUGAGGUGUUCUCUUCUGACAGUUAACUGUGAUUGGACCGACUGAUUUCUAGACUAGUAGCCGAUAGGAUAUUUAGCGACUAAGAUGGAAAUAAGGUCAUAGAAAACCUGCAUCAGUGUAUGUAUGUGGCUCCCAUGCCAGCCUACCCCUACGUAAGAUGUACACUUUCAACAGCUCUACUGAAUACCCUUAUCUGUUGGCUUGGCCAACACCUUGGAUACCUAGAGUUGUAGACAUUCUACCCGACUUUAAUAAAAAAUGCAUAGAAAACUUUAUGCUAUGCUAUAAUACUAUGCUCUAAUUUAGGACGUUCCUUAACCGUCUCCUACAAGUCAGGUGACCACGGCUUAGACAUUGAUCAUGGGACCUCUUUCAAAAGAUUUUGUAAGACAGUUAGGCAGAGCUGGCCAAUCGGUGGCUCUUCCAGAACACCUAUGUAAGAUGUACAUUUACAACAGCCGUGCUGAAUACUCUUUAUCUGUUGCCUAAAAAUGUAUAGAAAACCUCUAUAAUUUUAGGACGUUCCUCAACCGUCUCCUACAAGUCAGAUGACCACUGCCAAGACAUUGAUCAUGGGAUCUCUUUCAGAAGGUGUUGUAAUGCCUCGUACACUUGGCCGGAUUUUCCGAGGGGAAGAAAUGUCAGACGGGCUAUUUUUCUAGGAAAGUCCGGUUGUGUGUAGCCUCCAUCGGACUUUUUUUUUUUUCGGAAGUCCGACGGACCUUAGAUAGAGAACCCGUUCUCUUUCUUUCUGAUGGACUCGCGGCCUACUUUUGCACGGUGUACAAGGCAUAAGAGAACCUAAGGCAGAAGUCCGACGGACCUUAGAGAACUCGUUCUCUUUCUGACGGACUCGCGGCGGACUUUUGCACGGUGUACAAGGCAUAAGAGAACCUAAGGCAGAAGUCAGACGGACCUUGGAGAACUCGUUCUCUUUCUGAGGGACUCGCGGCGGACUUUUGCACGGUGUACAAGGCAUAAGAGAACCUAAGGCAGAGCUGGCUAAUCAAUGACUCUUGCAGAACACCCACGUAAGAUGUACACUUUAACAGCUCUUCUGAAUACCCUUAUCUUUAGCCUUGGCCAACAUCUUGGAUAGCUAGAGUUGUGGACAUUCUGCCCAAUUUUGAUAAAAAUGUAUAGAAAAUGUUAUGCUAUGUUAUAAUGCUGUGCUAUAAUUUAGGACGUUCCUCAACCGUCUCCUUCAAGUCAGGUGACCACUGCCAAGCCAUUGAUCUCUUUCAAAAGGCGUUGUAAGACAGUCAGAAAGAUCUGGCCAAUCAGUGACUUCUCCAGAACACUGAUCCCUCCCCUCUAAGAAGAGGCAGGACAUCAGGCAGAGCUAGCCAAUCCGUGAGUCUUCCAGAACACCCACGUAAGAUGUAUACUUUUAACAGUUCUGCUGCAUACCCUUAUCUAUUGCCUUGGCCAACAUCUUGGAUAGCUGGAUUUUUUGACUUUCUACCCAAUUCCAUAAAAAUCUAUAGAAAAAUGUUAUGUUAUAAUGCUAUAUUAUAAUUUUAGGAUGUUCCUCAACUGUUUCCUUCAAGACAGGUAACCACUGCCAAAACAUUGAUCAAAACAUGGAUCUUUUUAAAAAGAUGUUGUAAGUCAGAAAGAUCUGGCCAAUCGGUGACUUCUCCAGAACACUGAUCCCUCCCCUCUAAGCACAGGCAAUGUGGCUGACAGCUAAGCGAUGAAGAGAGC